AUGUUGCCACUCGUUUCCAAGCCCAUCAAAGUCACUCCAGCCGUGUCUUGUUGUUACGUGUUCGCCAUGGACUACGACCAGCUUUUUCAAGCUCUUGAGAUCAUCACCGCCGACGGGCUGCAUUGCAAUGAUUUGCUCGGAUACGUGACUGGCUACGGGCGGCGGCCCAUCAGCUUCCUCCCUAGGUCUCCAAGCAUGACAAAAAGUGAGCUGUGCUAG